GCAUGGAAUAGCAGACUUUCUCUGCACUUGCAGGAUGAUAGAAAUCGAGGGCACUUGCAGCAAAAUCCAAGAAGGACGCAUUUCCUUCAUCACAGACAAACCAGAAUCUGCCAACCAGACACAAACCCUUAUCAUCAGUCAUCACCGGUGUGCUAACUGCUUCAACCAAAAGGCCACAGCAAAAAAUGGCGCGUACCUGUCAUGUUAACAUUCACAAGCUACCUUCUUCUUCUUCUUCUUCUUCUCCUUCUUCAUGAUCCCUCUCCUUGGUUGCUGCUCUCUUCCUUCUCUGCAACGCAUUCUCUCAUCGGUUUUUGCUAAAAUGUGCUAUAUGCGUAUCGAGCAGUGACGAAUUCUGAUCUUUCAGAAUACGAGAGCAAAAAUAAAUGGCGAAUUGGAUCUCCUCGAAACUCAAAGUCGCUGAGACCUUCUUCGAACAGAUAGAUCAGCAAGCGGCUGAAUCGUUGAAGAAGAACGAGGAUCCGUCGCGAUAUGAGGAUAAAAAAUUUCAUGUCCCUUCAAGAACAGCAGGAGGAGGAGGAGGAGGUGCUGGUGGAACGGUGUCGUUGAAGGACCAGUUGAAGAAGAAAACAGCUCAUGAAACCAACAAUGGUAAUAGCCAUAAGUAUUUUGGAAAAUCGAGUACUGAUCCUAAUGUUAAGAAUCUAAGUGAUUUUAGUAACGUUAGUAGUAAGAGCAAUGGAGGAGGUAAAGAGAUUGCAAAUGCCCCAAAAUCUUCUCCGAAGCCUAGGCCUACACUUACUGAUAGUGACUGGACUGAGCUCCUUAGUACUCCAACUCAGGCUACACCUUCAUCCUCUUCAAAUUGCCGUAAUGAGGUAUCUGCGAUUCGAGGGUUGAGGAAGUAUGGUGGUAGGAAGCAAGGGAGUUCUGGCUCAACUUUGACAGUGCUAGAGAGUGGAGGAGUUAAGUCCAAGAAGAGAUUUGAUAUUUCAUUUGGAACUAGGUUAAAUGUGAAACCUAGUGAUGAGGAAGAGUCUACGUCUUCUGCAAGGUCUUCGAGUGUUGAUUUGCAGAGUGAUGGUAAGAUUUUGGAUAGGGGAGAGCUGGAUCAUAAGGACAUUGGUGCUAAUCAGCAGAGAAAUCAGGGAAAUGAGAAAAAUGGUAAGCUUUUUGAAUCCAAGGAUAUGUCUGAGGAUAAUCUUUUACCAGUGGGAAUUAAGAGUCAUUCUCUGGAAAUGCCAUCAGUGUCGGAGAGAGUUGGUGGUGUAUCUGAUGUAAAGAAAGGAAUGAGCAAUGUUUAUGAUAGGCUUAGAAGUACUGUAAGGGGGAAGCAUCGAUCUGGUGCUGCAUCUAGAAGUUCUGCUUCUGAUGAUUUGAAGAAAGGUUUUUCAACAAGUGAUGAAGGGUCUGAUUCAGACAGUGAUUCAGUGUCAACAUCUGACUCGGAGAAUGAACAAGAGAGGGAGAUGAGAGAGAAGAUUUUGGCUGAGAAAGCAGCAGCUAAAGCUGUGGAGGCCAUCAAAGAGCGGGAGAAUAUGGUUGCCAGAUUGGAAGGAGAGAAACAGAGCUUGGAGAAAAUACUCGAAGAACGAGCAAAGCAGCAAGCAGAGGAGGCUUCAGAGCUUCAGACAACCAUGAUGGAAACAAUGGAGGCUGUUGAAUUGGAAAAGCAGAAACAUAACAAUACAAGAAUGGAAGCCCUAGCUCGCUUGGCUAAACUGGAGACUGCAAAUGCUGAUCUUGCAAGAUCCCUUGCUACUGCACAGAAGAAUCUUGAGAUGGAGAUUAAUCGGGUUGCAGAACUUAGGCAACAACUUGAGUUUAAAGAACUGGCUCCUGAAGAACUCAGAAGGAAGGUCUUCAAGACUCACCAAACUGGGACAUAUCUAAACCAUGCAGCAGCGUCUAAAGGACUUGAAUUUGAAAGGGAUGUACUUGAAGCAGAAUACUCCUUUCUGAAUGAUAAAAUUGGAAGAUUGGAAGAUAAGGCAAAGAAGCUGGAAGCAAAUAUUGAAAUGACAAGGAAGGAUUUAGAGGAACCGACGGAAGUGGAAAUUGAGGUUAAGAGAAGGCUUGCUCAGUUGACUGACCAUUUAAUUCAGAAACAAGCCCAGGUUGAGGCUCUCUCCUCGGAGAAGGCAACCCUUUUAUUCAGAAUUGAGGCAGUUUCAAGGUUGCUUGACGAAAAUAGGUCAAUUUCAAAGGAUAUGGAAUCAGGGACAUGGGAGAUCCCAAAUUCAAAGUCGAGGCCUUUAUUGGAGGACAAAAUUCGAUUGGGAAGUGCACACUUAGGAUCACUACUUCAGCAGUUGGAUGCAAUUUUCGCGGCCAGUGCUGUGUUCGUAAGGAGAAAUCCAACGGCGAAAUUGUGGUCUCUGGUUUACCUUGUAUGCCUACACUUUUGGGUCAUUUACAUUCUUUUGACACAUUCACAAGCAUCAAAUGAGGGCAGAUCUGGAGCUAUUAUAUCCUUGGAAAACAUCAACAAUACUGCAGAUGUAUAGUGUGUCUUCGGGCAACUACUUUAACCUAGACCUUAUAUAAAAAGCAAGCCUAGCAGCCUUUUACAUUCAAAUAUUUGUAUCCAGGUCCGUGCAUUUGUUAUUUCAAUUAUGUGUAUACCUAAAUUGACUUUACACGAAUCUUAAUAUAAAUAUUUGAUCUAAAAAUUAAUA